UGAAUAGUUUAUUAAGAUUUUUAGUUGAUGCCAGGGAAUUGAAUGAGGAAGAUUAGUUUUAUUAAAGAAAAAUGACCAGCAACGAAGUAUACAUUGUAGCCGCAGCCAGAACACCAAUCGGUAGUUUCAAUGGUUCGUUGUCAAAAUUAAAAGCUUCGGAUUUGGGAGCAAUUGUAAUAAAGGAUUUAUUGAAAAGAUCGAGUGUUGAGGCUAAAGAUGUGGAAGAAGUUAUUAUGGGACAGGCUCUUACUGCUGGACAAGGACAAAAUCCCGCCAGACAAGCUUCCUUAGCAGCUGGUUUACCCAUAGAAGUGCCAGCCUAUAACCUAAAUAUGUUAUGCGGUUCCGGUUUAAAAACGGUGGCAUUAGGUUACCAAUCCAUACGUUGUGGAGAUUCGAAUAUUGUUGUAUGCGGAGGCCAAGAAAAUAUGAGUUUAGCUCCUCACGUCAUGCAUUUGCGUCAGGGCAUCAAAAUGGGUCCCGGCACUAUGGUAGAUACCAUGAUACACGACGGCCUUACCGAUGCUAUACACAACAUACAUAUGGGCAUCACAGCUGAAAAUUUAGCCAAGGAAUUUAAUAUAACUAGAGAAGAACAAGAUAUUUCAGCAGUACAUUCACAAAAUCUAGCUGAAGAGGCUCAGAAAAAUGGAUAUUUUGCUAAAGAAAUAACUCCCGUAGAAAUUGUAGAUCGCAAGGGUACCACAGUAAUCGAUAAAGAUGAAUAUAUUAAAUGUGGCACUAAAAUGGAAAGUUUACAAAAAUUGAAACCCUGUUUUGUACCACAAAAUGGCACUGUGACAGCCGGUAAUGCCUCGGGUAUUAAUGAUUCUGCUGCUGCAGUAUUACUAAUGUCUCAGCAAGAAGCAGAGAAACGCCAUAUCAAGCCAUUGGCUAAAAUUGUGGCCUGGUCUCAGACAGGCAUUAAGCCGGAAGUUAUGGGACUUGGUCCGGUAACAGCCGUUAAAAGUGUGCUCGCCAAAGCAAAUUGGUCUAAGGAUGAGGUGGAUUUAUACGAAUUGAAUGAAGCAUUUGCCGCCCAAUCUUUGGCCGUCCUUAAAAACUUGGAAUUAGAUGCUUCCAAAGUUAAUAUUAAUGGUGGUGCUAUUGCAUUGGGUCAUCCGAUUGGAGCCUCAGGUUGUCGUGUUUUAGUUACUUUAUUAUAUGCUUUAGAGCGUACUGGUGGCCGUAAAGGUGUUGCUAGCUUGUGUAUUGGAGGCGGCAUGGGUAUUGCCAUGGCUGUCGAACGUCUUUAAUAUUUUUGUAUUUACAAACAUACAUUCUUAAGUAAUAUAUGUAUAAUGUUUCCUCUUCUGUCUAUUUAUUGAAAAAAGUGCUUUAAAUAUUUAUCAACGACAAUAAAAAAAUGUUCUUGAACAAUUUUCAUAA